AUGGCCUCUACAGACGACCCAUACGACUGGGACCUUUCCGACGUGCAGAACUUCUUCCGUAACGAUGCCACCAAGUACAUCGCAGAUGUGCCACGCGGCAAGCUUCCGGACAUGGAGCCCUUUCUCGCAGCUCUAGAAGAGAACCAGGUUGAGGGCUACACUCUGCUCAACGACCUGACCAGUGAGACGUUGAGAGACGACUGUGGUGUGCGAGUGCUGGGUCAUCGCAGCAUGGUAAUGCGCUGUAUUACGAAGCUCAGGCGAGAAUCACAGAGGUAUCUCCAAGAGCGCAAGCGAAACGAGGUGCCUUCUACACUGACCGGAGCACUUCUGGACAACCCCGCGGCUCGAGAACCUGACUCUGGAAUUGCGCCACCGGAACCGAGCACCCAGGCCACUGCCCCUCCUACGAGCAGGCAAAACGAGACACAGGUGCUCGAUGUGCAGGGCAGGAAGCGUCGCAAGCUUGUUCUAAACACUGUUAAGCCCGCCGGCGGUUAUCUUCAGGAUUCUGAAAUGUGCAUCGAACGGCUCUUCUUCGGUGGCACUCCGUUUGGAGGUCAGAUGCCAGAUACGGACCUGCCGUCUAAACACCACGCAAACAGUGAGGACAACUUCCAGUUUUUCGCCCAGCCAGGCUCAAUAGGAGCAAUCCACCACGUUUACCGGCAGAUGCGACACUUCUUGAGCAACACCGACUACCUGGAUUUGCGCAGAUAUGGGCGGCCUGCUGUCGGCAUUCUCCCGUAUCGCGAAUCGCAAUCCAGGGGAGUCCGCUCUGCGAUGGUCAUACAGUUCCCCGAGGCUGGAGACACGCCGGUAGCUUUGCGAGAGGAAGCUACGAAGCUUGACAGAGAGGAUGCCCCAGAUACAGCCGAUGCCCAGGAAGUAGAGGCCGACAACAAUGGGCAGUGGGAGCAUCUUCUCGAGAACCACAAAGCACAAGAGGACGACGUUCUGCCCGUAUUCGGCGCUGAAAUGGACGAGCAUGACCCUGAAGCAGAGGCGCCGGAGGAGAGUAUUGCCGGCAGUGACGAUGAGUCUCAAGCAAUGGAAGUUGCCGAAGCAGACAACAUCACCGACGAGAGAAAGAUUGAGAUCGUCGAAGAGUGCAUCGCGAAAAGCAUUGCAGAGUGGCAAGACAAGCUGCCGAAGCGGGAAGAGAAAAGCAAGCGGAAAAUUUGGAACCAGAUGAAGAAAAGCCGCAUGGUCCGCGCCAGCCUGAUUGCCAGUGCGCAGAGCGAGAUCGAUCACUUGACAAAACACCUUAAUACGCUGAAGCGCGAGCUGUUGAAAGACACCUGGUUCAGCGAGAGCAGUCUAACCGCACAGUGCGGAAUGCUUGAAGGCACGAUCGAGAAUCGCGAGAUGGCACGCUGGAAGAUCUCGGUGUGGCAGCAAAGGCAAGAGCCAGAUCGUGCUGCUCAGGUCACCAGGAGGCGUGCGAACGUGCCACCGUCAUCUACCGCAGCGAAGUCUUUGCAGUCUGCGAAGUUAAUUCCGCUCCCUGAAGAUCGACUCAGUUUCUCCCCGGCAUCGCAGCCCGUUCAGGACCAGCAGGAAGUUGAAGAGAUUAUGUACGAUGCUGACGACGAUGACGAGCAUUUCCAUACUCCCGGAAACAGUCCUCCUGCUUCUGCAAGUGCCGAUAUUGGAGCAGUAGAUUCUGCGGACGAUUUUGUAGUGGACACUGAGGACGAUCACCUGAAUGAAGCCAACCUGACUGGAGCCGACCUGAAUGGAGCCGACCUGAAUGGAGCUGACCUCACGGGAGAUGACCAGUACUCAGAGACAGAUGCUCUGACGGGCGCGGAAGCUGCACCGCCACCUCUCGACACAGGUAGCAAGGACGAUAGCUACACACCUGGCUCUCAGCUUCCAGACUCCGAGGACGAGCUGGUGACUCCCUCCAAACUGAUCAAGUUCAGACUACACAGCUCGACCCCGAAAGCACCAGUGGGAAGCCUGCGGAGGAGAACCAGCAUCAUCCCAUCCAAUCUGACUGAGUCUUCUCCUAGAAAGCGAGGCCGUCCGAAGAAAGUUCUACCGCUUACUGGCGAUGCCAUGGAUGCUACGCCCUCGGAGAUAGAUGCCUGGGACUUCAAAAAGCUCGCACGGGACAAGGACAGGCAGCGGAUACUGCUACACCUUGUCCGCAAAACUGGAGGUGACGUUUGUCGUGGCCUCGACGAUCUGUUGCGAAAGCUGGGACCGACCUUCAAAGCGGACCUGGUGGAGUCUUGUAAGGCAUUUCGCUCGAAUGAGCCGCUUGACUUGGAUCAUAGCGACGUCCUUGACCAUGCCCGUGAGCUCUAUAUACGCUGGAUGUUUCUGGACAAAGACCAGGACGCAGUGGCUGCUCUCCCAGACAACGACUUCGAAGUCCUGUUCGACCCGGUGCAGGCCGGUUUGUUCUCCAAUAUGCUGCGCAGAUGCUUCACGAAGAGGACCCUCGUCAGCCCUUCGAAACCCAGUCCGGCGCAGAGAAGUGCCACGAAGUCGACCUCGUCCAAGAUCGGUAGCUCGUCAGCUCCAGUGAUAAUAUCCUCGAGCGACGAGCGACCGGUCGAUGGACUGUCGGCGAAGCACCUCACACCCCACAAGAAGCGGAAGCGCGAGGUCAAGAUCGAUGCCAGUGCAAAGCAAAGACGUGGUGUGGCUGCAGAACGCCAGCGCCGUUUCGACGAGUCUCAGACAACAGACCCAGCUCGCCUGCUUUCCAUGAUAGGAAGUGACUCUGCUCCUGUCGAGAUCGAGAUCAACCCAGUCCGAGACGAGGAUGCCGUUCCUAUCUUCAUACCACAGUUCAUCGCUCGGCGGAUGAAGCCUCAUCAGAUUGACGGUGUUCGCUUCCUGUGGAGGGAAAUAACGGCUACUGGAGAGGAGGAGGAUGAUGGCGCACAAGGCUGCAUGCUUGCCCACACAAUGGGUUUGGGCAAGACGAUGCAGGCCAUUACGCUGCUGGUUACGGCCAACGAAUGUGCCCGUUCGGACAACAAAGAAAUCCGAUCUCAGCUGCCCAAGCAUUUGCGCCGCAGAUCGAUGCGAGACCGGUAUCUCCGCACUCUGAUUCUCUGCCCUGCCUCUCUGAUGGCCAACUGGCGCCGCGAGGUGGGGGAGUGGGCCAGAGGUCAGCUUGGUGAUGUCUACAUUAUUGAGUCAGGGGCGUCCAAAGCUAUGGAAUCCAAUGUGCGACAGCUGGAAGACUGGAAGGUGCACGGUGGUGUGGUUCUCGUUGGUACAACCAUUUUCACCACUAUGGUAGCCGGCAAGAAGUCUGUGAAGGCCAGAACUUCCACGCUGGCUAUGGAUGACGAGAGCGUGCGAGUGCAAGAGCUACUGACCCAGGGUCCUGAGAUUGUGGUUGUCGACGAGGUCCACAAACUCAAGGAUGAGCGCACGGGUAUUUCGAAAGCCGCCAGGAAGCUGAAAACUGAAAGUCGAAUUGGCUUGACGGGUACACCACUGAGCAACGAAGUGGGCGAGGUCUUCUCACUCAUCGACUUCAUCGCUCCCGGCUUCUUGGGAAACCACAUCGAGUUCAAAAGUCACUUUGCCGAGCCUAUCGUCCAAGGGACGUUUGCCACCAGCACCUCGACCGAGAAACGGAGGAGCCUCGUGAAACUCAGGGUCCUCCACGCUGAAGUACAACCAAAGGUGCAUCGCGCGACAAUUGAAGUGCUCCGUGGAAGCUUGAAGCCGAAGACCGAAUACGUCAUCACGGUGCCCUUGAGCGAAUUGCAGAGGGAACUCUACAAGACGACAGUCAAUGCCCUGGUCAACAAGGAUAAGGGCGAGGACGAGGUCAGCCAGUUUAUGUUCUUCGGUCGUCUUGGAGUUUUGAGCUUGAUCACGAAUCAUCCGAAUGCGUUCCGUCACAAGCUCUUGCAGCCGCCAAAGAAGAAGAAGAGCAAAGCAGGCAAGGACGAAGUGGAUAUGCCUCGCGAUAAAGUCGACGCGCAUGGCGACGAAGACACAGAGGUGUUGGAUCCUGAUGACUCUAACGUUCCACUGACAGAGAGCGGAGCCGCGACGCCUUUCGCGGUUGCUUCACCGAAGGAUGCGGAAUCGGAGUCUGACCCUCAUGAACAGGACGUUUACACACUCGGGCUCUCUCAGCAGACGAUCAACAGCAUACUGGACAGCUUCGACGAUGACAUCAACCCGGAGAUAUCUGCAAAGAUGUCCAUCUUCAUGACGCUUUUGAGUUAUUCUCUCGAAUGUGGAGACAAGGUAUUGAUCUUCUCGUCCAGUAUUCUCACGCUCGACUACGUGGGACGGCUGUUGGAUACGCGCAAACGCGAACUCGGCGACUUCGGCCGCAUUGACGGCAGGACCACAAUGCCCACACGCACACGCCUGAUAGAGAACUUCCACAAGGGCGAUUUCGACAUCAUGCUCAUCUCCACGAAAGCCGGAGGUGUCGGUUUGAACAUCCACGCCGCGAACCGAGUCUUCAUCAUGGACUUCCUCUUCAAUCCGACCCACGAAGAGCAGGCGGUUGGUCGCGCGUACCGCCUCGGCCAGACCAAACCCGUCUUCGUGUAUCGAUUCGUUGCUGGUGGGACAUUCGAGAGCAACCUUUACAACAUGCAGAUGUUCAAGACAUCGCUAGCCCAGCGUGUAGUCGACAAGAAGAAUCCCCGCCGCAACGCAGAGAGGAACGCCAAAGACUACUUCUAUGAGCCGCGAGAGGUGCCGCAGGAGCCGCUCAACGCGGAGUUUGGCAACGAUCCGGAGGUGCUCGAUAAGUUGCUUCUCCGACACGGGGACGGGCUUGAAGAGCCUGGGAAGAUUGAUACGCUCAUCAGGGCAAUUAAGACGAUGGAGACGUUGCACGAGGAUGCUAUGGACGCGCCGCUGGACGAGCAGGAACUGAAGGAGGUGAAUGAGGAGAUUGCGAUGGGCAAGAAGAGGCCGAGGGGGAAGAAGGCGUUGCUUUCGACGAUGCCGCCGAUAGCUGGAAUGGCCGGGCCUUCUGCUACACAGCCGGUACCGCGCGUCAGCGCGGCGUUGCAGCCACCGGCGUCGACUUUUGCUGGUGCGAGCAUGGGUGGGUCGCCGUUUGCGAAGUAG